AUGGACGUAGACGCCCCUCGCGGCGCUCGGCGGCCCGCCAGGGGAAGCGCUCCUUCUUACAGCAUUCUCCAACCCGAUCCGCACAGUGGCAAGCUGGAGAACAUCGCAUCCAAUUCUUCAUACGGCAGAGGAAGCCGGUCUCCAACUUCCCCGACUCGUAGUGGCAUGGUGAAUGGCUUCGAUCCUAUUUUCAGGGUGCCCCCUUUGCACAAGGUGGGCCCACAAGCGGAACGCCCACAACAAGGUUCAGGCAGUGGAUCGCCAUCAAGCAUGGAUGUGGACCCUCGCCACAUGAUAAUAUCCUUUCCUACCGCUCCCACCUCGCCCGCAGCUAGUCGCUACACACCCAUCGAUCGGAGCGAAAAUCGGGAUUCUGGUGUUGACGAUUCUUCGACCCAUGGUGGAGAGACGGGUAAAAAACACCUCUGCCCUGUUUGUGGUAGUCGUUUCAAUCGUCCGUCCUCUCUUAGGAUCCAUAUCAAUACACACACUGGAGAAACUCCUUUCAAAUGUCCCUGGCCGGACUGUGGGCGUGAAUUCAAUGUCAACUCGAAUAUGAGGAGGCAUUACAGGAACCAUGCCUCUCCUGGAUCAUCUCGCAACGGCAGAGAUGGAGGUACUCAGAAACGGCGGAGGCGGAGGACGACUGCUCCCAGCGCUGUUGAAUACACCCCAGAUACCCCCGUCCCAGGCUGCCACGCCAUUCGACAGCAACAGAAUGCACCGCACACAUCAGGGCAUCAACAUCAACGAGCCUCAUCUUUCAAUCCCCCUCCAAUCUCUACGCUCUCAGUGCGUGAGGGCUCUUUUGCGAGCGCGGGGACAUCUGAGAGCGAAGAUGGCGAUGGAUACGGACCAUGCGAUUCUGAGGACAUUGAUGAGCUCAGCGAGGACGAUUUUCGUGGCCCAUCGAGAGUAACACGACGGCCUGCGUUGUUACAGAUCGCUUCUUCAUCAACGGCUUCAUCAUCCCCGGUUUCGAGCCCUAGCCUCUCGGCCUCAUCCUCAACCAGUCCAUAUAGCCGCACAUCGGCUUCGUUAUCGCCGCCUCCGCCAGGGCCUCACCCCCGUCCAUCGCACCCAUUUCUUAUGCACAAGCAGGAACCCGGCUUUGAGGCCAGGAUAUUGAUCAGAGGCAAUAAACAUGGAAUUCUCUGA